GCCCCCUCCUCAGAUAGAGGGCUUUUGUUCUGCAUCUAAUGUUUUCAUUAGGAUACUGGGUGCAGCCGAGGGAGGAGGAGAAAGAGAGAGACGUUCAAUACGUUUUUGGGCACUGAAUACACUGUGAGUAUUUCUUUCUCUCUUUCUUUCUCUUUCUUGCUUACUUCCUCUGUAUUUCUCUCAUUGCAAGAGACAGUUAAAUAGUCCACUCUUACCCUCCAGCUGGACUUCAGGUUUCCUCUCCUCCGCCAUGACCCGCCCCUCCACCAUCUCACUUGGACUCCUGAUCCUCCUCAUUGGCUAUGCAGCAGCAGGUAAGAGACGUGAUUUGGUAUCGCUGGGGUUAGAGGUCAUAGGGAAAAGGGGAAAGGGGAAAGGGCAGGGGGCACAGCAGAUGUGUAAACAAACCAUAAAUAGAUGUGUUGUUUACUCUGUCAGAUUCUGUUCUACCUGGAACCAAAAUGAGUAUGCAGUUUAUGUAGUACGCUAGUAUGGGUAAUCAGAGAGAGAGAGAGAGAGAGAGAGAGAGAGAGAGAGAGAGAGAGAGAGAGAGAGAUACUCAUGGGGUUAGAACAUCUGUUUCUUAUUUUUUACGCAGCAUUGACCAUUCUCCAUGUAGUACUCCAUCAGUACAGUUUUUGACUACAAAAAAAUCUUCAAUUGUAUCCAUAUGUACAGUGUCUGUCUCCAAACCUAUCAUUCCAACCUUGUUUACUGCUCAAACUGACUUCCAGAGGAAAUCACUAACACUUUGGCCACUCCUCCAUAUCCUACUCUAUAUAACAUCAAGGACUUCUGAGAAACCAGAGAUGAUUAGGCUUGAGUGUGACUUCAUACACAAGGAAUGGCUGACUAUGGCAACAACACAUAGAACCACACAUUUCUCACGCUCUCUGUCAACAUACUAUCGAUCCAGGAAAUACCCUGGAGAUCUGACUAACAACUUGUUAGUCUUUUUUUCCAUUGGCGGGCCUGUAUUAGGCAAGAGCUGGUUUGUGGGACCACUGGUGUUCUAACUGACCUAAUGCUCUGGCUCAGGCUGUGUUCUUCAUCAUUCACUCCGCUGCACGUCUAGCUCUGUCUCCUGUGGCCAGCACAAACACACAUGUGCAAACAUGGUCACACACACAUGGGAACAUGAACAGAGACACGCGGAGACAGGCAAACAUGCACGCCAUCUUCCGACCCUGUCUCCCAGGGCGGAGUAUGUUAGAUCAGACUCUUGUGGGCUGCAGUGUUUUCCUUUCCUAUGGCCUAUUUCCCCUGAGUGUGUGGGUCAGUAUUUCUCAACCUCCUGGUGCAACUGUGAUAGAAUACACAAAGGAGUGUGCACUUCAUCAGGCAUGUCAUCAUCUGCCUCAUCUGCCUUUGUCCAACACACACACGCACGCACACACUCCACUGACAAGCUUUAGCUGCAGUCUUAGGGCCUUUUGGUUCCCCUACAUGUUGAUAGCCAAACCAGAGCAGCACAGGCUGUUUUAACUACCAGAGCAGGGAAUUCUGGCAUUCAACAGCAAACCACUAUGGUCAGAUUAUAUACGCUGAAUAACUAUAGAACUGAGACAGCAUCCUGCCUGCAUCUGUGUGCCAGUGUGUGUGUUUGUUUGUAUCACGUGCUAAACUUCAAUUCAAAGACGAUGCCCUCCAUGCAUCUUUCACAGAUUGUGAUCAAUUGACAUGUCACACGUCUUCCUUUGGGAAAAAGCCUUGAAGUUUGCCAACUGGCUAAUAUGCCCAGAUGAAUUUCACAUAUUGAAAGUUAAGGGUCCAUCUGUAGUACUGACGCAGAGACGUGGUGCGUUUUUCUAUUGAGAGAAAUCCAAAGAGGAGCUCUAGCUUACAUUCAUCCUUUGGGUUUCCUUGGCUUUUGUCCUGGGUCCACUUGGCAUGCUCUGUGGUGGUGUAAUGGAGCUUAUAAAAUUGUACCGUGGAUAGCUCCAUAAAAACAGCACAACCGGUAAUUCAUGGCUGCUGUUCACAGGGCACUGGAAGACAGUCAUGACAUUGGAAAAGUAAAUGGUCCUUAUGUUGUGUUACUUUUAUGACAGGCAGGGAACAGACUACUAUAAAUGUGAGAGAGGCCAAAUUCUACUCUCAAUAGACUGCUAUAUACAGUGGGGAAGAAAAGUAUUUAGUCAGCCACCAAUUGUGCAAGUUCUCCCACUUAAAAAGAUGAGAGAGGCCUGUAAUUUUCAUCAUAGGUACACGUCAACUAUGACAGACAAAUUGAGGAAAAAAAAUCCAGAAAAUCACAUUGUAGGAUUUUUAAUGAAUUUAUUUUCAAAUUAUGGUGGAAAAUAAGUAUUUGGUCAAUAACAAAAGUUUCUCAAUACUUUGUUAUAUACCCUUUGUUGGCAAUGACACAGGUCAAACGUUUUCUGUAAGUCUUCACAAGGUUUUCACACACUGUUGCUGGUAUUUUGGCCCAUUCCUCCAUGCAGAUCUCCUCUAGAGCAGUGAUGUUUUGGGGCUGUCGCUGGGCAACACGGACUUUCAACUCCCUCCAAAGAUUUUCUAUGGUGUUGAGAUCUGGAGACUGGCUAGGCCACUCCAGGACCUUGAAAUGCUUCUUACGAAGCCACUCCUUCGUUGCCCGGGCGUUGUGUUUGGGAUCAUUGUCAUGCUGAAAGACCCAGCCACGUUUCAUCUUCAAUGCUCCCAAUCCUCUUCUGGAUCAUCCAAAUGCACUCUAGCAAACUUCAGACGGGCCUGGACAUGUACUGGCUUAAGCAGGGGGACACGUCUGGCACUGCAGGAUUUGAGUCCCUGGCGGCGUAGUGUGUUACUGAUGGUAGGCUUUGUCCCCCCGUGUGGUUCUGGGACUUUUGCUCACCGUUCUUGUGAUCGUUUUGACCCCACGGGGUGAGAUCUUGCGUGGAGCCCCAGAUCGAGGGAGAUUAUCAGUGGUCUUGUAUGUCUUCCAUUUCCUAAUAAUUGCUCCCACAGUUGAUUUCUUCAAACCAAGCUGCUUACCUAUUGCAGAUUCAGUCUUCCCAGCCUGGUGCAGAUCUACAAUUUUGUUUCUGGUGUCCUUUGACAGCUCUUUGGUCUUGGCCAUAGUGGAGUUUGGAGUGUGACUGUUUGAGGUUGUGGACAGGUGUAUUUUAUACUGAUAACAAGUUCAAACAGGUGCCAUUAAUACAGGUAACGAGUGGAGGACAGAGGAGCCUCUUAAAGAAGAAGUUACAGGUCUGUGAGAGCCAGAAAUCUUGCUUGUUUUGUAGGUGACCAAAUACUUAUUUUCCACCAUAAUUUGCAAAUAAAUUCAUUAAAAAUCCUACAAUGUGAUUUUCUGGAUUUUUUUUCUCUCAAUUUGUCUGUCAUAGUUGACGUGUACCUAUGAUGAAAAUUACAGGCCUCUCUCAUCUUUUUAAGUGGGAGAACUUGCACAAUUGGUGGCUGACUAAAUACUUUUUUCCCCCACUGUAUGUUGUAUGUAACUGUCUUUGUUCUGUGUUUGUAAUGCCUUUUAGUGUGCAUAUAAUGCCACAGAAAAACCUUUCAUAAGGUCCUAGGACAAUAUAUAGUAAGCAAGACAACAUAUAAUUAUUAUAUUAAAUUAUUAUAUUAUAAGACAUUUCCAGCUUGAAGGAUGUUAAAACAUUCUGUGAUGUCAUGGAAACCAGAUUCAACAGGAAGUGUGGCUGAAGAAAAUAGACAGGGCUCCAUGCCAUAGAUUAUACUGUACAUGUUCUAUGCUCCAUGCGUCAUUAAGAAGACGCCUGUCUUCACAGACAUAUGGACCACACAUCCUAGCCACAUUCAUCACUGCCAUAGCCACCAGAGACCAGCGCUUCAGCUCACAGAGAAAAAUAAGGGCUCUUAAAAAGGGGUAGGUGGUUAAUUGGAACCAUAAAACCUGGAUGGCGAAGGGAAAAAGGUGGUUGAACAAUGUAUGCAGGUUUCUCCACCACACUCAGCCCAUAAAGGUUCAAGGUUGAUUCAAACUGAGACCGCCUCACAGUUCACUGCCAGACAAAGGGUUGAGUUGUGUAUCAAAGCUAAGCCAUAGGUGUAGUCUACUUGGCCUAAGGGUAUGCAAGUAUGCAAUGCUGCACUAACUCUGUCCCAUGCUGCACUGACUCUGGAUCAGUGGCAUCUCCUUUGAAUAAACUGGGUCACGUCCUGGUGAAAGUACGGGUGUACUGAUCCCAGUUCAGUUUGCUGGAGCGCCAUGUCAGCAGAAUGGCAUGUGGCCAGGGGUUGUGGUGAACUGAUUGGCUGGGCUGCAGGCUGCCUGCAGAGCAGAGAUGUAGAGGUAAGAGAAAACACGUUGAACGGGCUGUGAACCAGACAGACGGGAGAGGGAGGGAGAACAAGGAGAGGAGACAAGGAAGACUUGUUUUGGUGACCUUUACCGAUAAGCAGGAUGAAGAUUUAUAAUGGAACAGAACUGAGUUUUUUUCCCAUUUCUGCUGAGAAGAACUCAAGCUGUGGAUAGAGAUAGUAGACAAAACAUACACUGGGUUUUCUCAGGGAGGUUUUGAGAAUUCUGCUCUGGUGUGUAUUGAAGUCCAUAAGUAUGUCCUCUAGUCUAGUCUGUAUGAAGGAUGUACAGACUAGACCCUAAUUGCUCCUGUAAGUCGCUCUGGAUAAGAGCGUCUGCUAAAUGACUAAAAUGUAAAAAAAAAAUGUAAAUGUAAAGUCAGAAAUAAAGUUAGAAAACAUGUUCUGUUCUUCAAGAUAACACAUAUUUGUCUUGUAAUCGAAAAUUAUGUCUGCUGGCCUAUGUUUUCCAUCAGGACCCGAGUCUGAGUUCCAACCCAGAGCUGUCCGGUCGAGUGCCUGUCAGGACCACGGUACUCUUCAUGACAGACUGGAUGUAGUGGAGAAGGUGGAGUAAUAAUCACAAUGCUUUUCACUGUCUUGUUUGGUCACACGUUAAACAAAAUAUAUCUAAUAAAGCCUUCAUAAACCCUUUAUAAGGCGUAUGUUGCUGCUUCACAAACCACUCAUAACCAAAUAUCAUAAUACAAGGUGAUAUAACAGGUCCUUACAUAUGGUGCUUAAAAAAUAAAUGUUGCAUAACCUUUAUGGCACUCUUUAGAAUGACAUAGUAGUAUUCUUAUAAAUGAUUUGUGUAGUUGGACUUAAAGGGUUCAAUCAGACAUUCGAUCUUUGAAGGAAUUUGGAAGAUUUCCCAGUGGUUUGUAACAUUAAUACUUUGUAUCAACUAGUUUUUUGUUUAAUGGCGACGGCCAAACUAUCUGCACUAUUUUCUUUUAAGGAUCAGAUUUUUUAGCUAAAAUGCCCAUCCAAAUGGCUCAGCAGUGGAAUUCACUCAGUUACUAACAUUUCUUCCUCUUUGGUUCACGCCACCCAGAGAGUAUUGAUGUUGAACGAGUAUUGAGUGCAUCUGAGGAGAACCUAUCCCCGCUGGUAGCCUAGCGGUUAGAGAGGUGAGCCAGCAACCGGAGGGUUGGCAGUUUGAAUCCCAGUUCUGACAGGAAAAUAUCUAUCAGGAAGUGAGCUGAUAAUUGGAGGGUUGCAGGUAUCAAAUCCUAGAUGCUGUUGUGCCCUUGAGCAAGGCACUUAACCCCCCACAACAACGGUGGGUAUAGGAUUGGUGAAAACAAUGGUAUUAGCUUCAGCUUUCACGUUGAUAUGCUAUAUGGAAACUUUGCCAUAGUUUACUUACUAUCCAAUUCUUUAAAGAGAUUCUCCGGUACUUUUUAGCCAUUAGUUCUGAAAGUAGGCUCAAGACCCAAAAGUGGUCCCCGAAAAUUGCUUACUACGUCACAUAUGUACAGAUAUGUGCAUCACGUCAUUGCUCUCUCUAUCGCUCCGUGUGCAUCUUGCUAGCUGUCACUCUAAUUGCUUGGGGGCUGGCCCACGUGGGGGAAAAUGGCGGCGCAUAGCUUCCAGAAAACAGUUGCUUUUGUACUAGGGAUUUCGUGGCUAAUUAAAUCUGCUCAAAGAUUAUAUAUGUAUGAACUACACAUUGACACAUCCAGCCCAAAGCGGGAGGUUUAAAAAUGACUUACUAAUCGCAAAAGUUCCCAGAGCAAGUCAACACUUAGGUUUAGGUUCUAGGGAUAGGGCCUAGGAAUCAAUGUGAGUUGGGCUGAUAGAUGACCCUGUCUGUCCCUUAUGUGUCCCCUGCAGCAUGUAGAGGACACAGUACAAAAGCUGGAGGCUGAGCUGGCCGUGCUGCUGCACACAAUAGAGGCCCCUAAGUGGAGCCCCCUGCUGGACACGGCUGGAAAACAUGUGGUGGACAUCCUGGACGGCCACGGACUGGUGGAGAAUGGCGACUCCUGAGAGAGGAAGAGAAGGGAGAAGAUCUCUGUUGAGCAGCUACUAAUGCUACUUCACUCUGGCCUUAGGAAGUGAUGAGGGUGCACCUGGCUAGGGCAAACAAUGAAAGACACUUUAAUGUACAAUCUAUGCUGUUUUGCUGAAGUUGUAUUUUGUAAGUGGACAACAUGGUAUAAAACAAGCCCUUUAAAGUGUAAACACAGGCUUAGUAUAUAUUCUGUGGUACAGUUGAUAGAUCACCACAUUAAAGCUUAUUUUUCCGCGUAAUACACUCCUCUAAUCCUCGGACACUCUCAUCGUUUCUCCCAUCAUAGACAAAACCUGAAUCCCUACACCCAGGGGUAACUGUGUCCCAGCCUCUCAGGUGUUUACUUCAAAGUUCUAAACCAUUGAUUGUUUUAUCUGGUAAUGUAUUCUGUUUUGGGUGGGAUUUACCCUUUCCUGUCCCAUGCCUCCCUUCCGCCCCCUGGUGCCAAUCAAGAGCGACAAAUGCAGCACCGAGUCAUUAGGUAGACCUUGCCCUUUACCACAAAUCAAGAAUCAGGUUACCCUACCCUCAAUCCUAAACUAAACCAUUAGGGGGCUGUAAAUCAUACCUGACCCUGUAUCAGUGGUUAGGGACUACUAAUAAUCUCAAUGUGGAUGAAUGACAAAAACAAAUCACUACAGAGACCACUAGACGGAAUGUAUUUAUUUAUCAAAGCAGUUAAAGCAACAUGUUUCAAUACACAGAGCAGUUUGAAUAGGUACAGUACAAGGCUUCCACUGAGACCCAGGCUAGUUGCAAGUGUAUUUAUUUAGUCCCCAUAAAAAUCUUACAGAACAUGUUCAAAAUCGGAUCACAAAAAGGAGAGUGGUCAUAGAUCAUCAAACCUGUUUUUUGUUCUUAAAAAUGUACACUACCUUACUAAAUGAUUCUACAAAGAUCAGACACUAAUGCUAGAUGUGAGAGCGUUGAUACUUAUCCAGAUAUGGUAAAGGUGCUGUGGAAGUUGGUCACUCCCUCUAUAACAAUGCUGUUUGAAACACCCUGGUAAAUAUACUUACAACAAUGUUACUCAAUAAACUAGCAUGUAAACACAUUGGUAAGAACAUAUUUUAGAUUUUUGCGGGUUAGGCAAGCAACAUCCGAUCAGGAAUGGAGAUGAAUUUGAGAUAUCAAGGGAAUGACAUUAGGCUACAAUAUUGUUGAAAAAAGCUACCCAGCAGGGUUAUAUUAAAUUCAAUGACUAUUAAUUACAAAUACUAGACAUAAUUACAUGGACAUAUCUAGAACGGGAGACUGAGCAUCCAAUCAAGCUUUUUCAUCUAAUCUUCAUUAGAGAGGACAAUGUAAAGACAUGUUGAAGAGCUGUAUAUAUACUGUAUAUAAUAAACCUGUGGUUUGAAUUGAAGA